AUGAACGAAGAAAUUCGUCUAUUGGCAGGGUUUGUUUCGCUGCCAAUCUUCAUUUGCAAUGUAAUUGGAAAUGCACUCGUCAUUGCAGUUGUUAAAAUGAACAAAAAGAUGCAAUGUCCAAACACCUACCUGCUGUCCUGGCUCGCUCUGAGCGACUUAAGUUUCGGAUUCAUCGCAGAAACAAACAUCUAUUUAUUAGCAACUGGCGCCAAGGGCCGUCUGUAUGGAACAUAUAUGUUUCACACUUUGCAUUCGAUUCUAAUCUUGACUCUGCUUUCGAUCGAAAGAUACCUUGCGAUUUUAAAGCCAUUUUACUACAAAGCUAAGGUUACCAAAUCUCUCGUAGCAAAACUCCUGUGGAUAAUAUUGGCCUUCACUGCAAUCGUUACUGCACCAAGUUACUAUCUACUGGGAAACGGUUAUAACAUGCUGGAAGUUUGUGCAAAAUCGAAGUUAGACGAAAUUGCCACUAUAGGUUAUUUAGCCGCGCUUCUGGUGAUCUCGAUAACAGUUCCUGGCAUUGUCAUGUGUUCUUGCUACACCAGAAUAAUAAAACAUGUCUGGUUUAGCGACGAGGCCAAAAAUGCAAAGAACAAAGCCCUUUUGAGAUCUCGGUGGAAAUUGACCAAGAUUUUCAUAGCCGCGACAAUAGUUUUCGCCGUUAGUUGGUCGCCAUCUUUUGGAAAGCUUUCUGCCAAAAGCUUUCGAUGCAGCGAACGUUUUGUACUUUACGAAGCAAUCUAUAUUUUGUUAGCGCUGUUAGGAUCCACGGCUAAUCCCAUAAUUUAUUCGUUUCGUUGUUCAGGAUUCAGACAAGCGGUGAAGGAAUUGUUCAGCAAAAAGUGCUGCAGAAAACAUCGUAUCAACUCGAGAAAAUCAAUGCCAGACAGUGUCACAGGCAGGAGACCGCGUUGUGACCAAACAAGGCAAAGUGACGUGAUACUUCUUAGUGUUCGAAAGACAUAGCUACAAACGCACGCGCGAAAUAAUUGCAGUAAAAUUGUCAAAACCGUGACCCUAAACCAGAAGGUUACAAGAGGAGCGUGGAUAGGCAACUUCCCAUGCCUUCUCUAGUUAUGACAAGGUUUGUCGAUUCGCA